AGACAUGCAAAAUGAGCUGAAACUUUACACACGGAAACGUGCAUAAAGGUGCGUAAAUGUGGUUUUGUUUGUUUUUUUUGUUCGUUGAUUUGAAGAGUGUGUCCUUAAGGUGAAACACACGAACUCGAGGCCAAAAUGCCGCACGACGCAGCGGAAUGCGCGACUUUGUGUAACUUUGUUUCCAGCUUGCGCUUUUCAGAUGUUGACACAUCGACGUCGUGAAGCUUAACGACUUCCUAUAGAGUCGCGGUCGAUUGUGACCCGGUUGUGGGGCUGUAAUAGUGAGCAGUGAGCAGUGUGCAGCCGUGUGCAUGCCCAAGACUCGACUUUGCUCCAGGUUGGAUCGGUUUUCUGCGUCACACAGCCCUGUCAUCCGAACCUCAAGACAGAAACACGGACAGAAGGAAAGGCGACAUUAACACAACUCUUGCCUGAGGGAUGACAAAUCACUUAGCUGUUUACAGCAUAACUAGUUUGGAGAAGAGGAGAACAGGCCAGGGAGGAAGUGCAAUUUGUGUUCUCUUCCCUCUUUUUGUGUGGCAUCUGCAUACGAAGGCAGUCAGACUUGUAGAACAGUGGGGAGUUUUUUUUUCCUGAUGACUGAUGAACAUUUCUGCACACCCUUUUGUAAUUUUGCAAUCUCAACAUGAGCCUCUCUCCUCAUAAUAGAGGGAACGUCAGUAAUCUGGGCAAACAGAAUAGUGAAGGCAUCGAAGAACUGGCUCAGCAUUCAGGUGAGGUCUUUUACAAUGCCGGGGGUGCGUCAUUGGAUCAAACGAACAGCGGUGCUGGAGGAGGGACUGACCCGGUUUUUGAUCUCCAAAGCUCAGCUGUCUUUAAACCUGAGAAAGGCUACCAAUUAUGGGGUCAUUUUCAGCAAUCAGGUCCAAUGAAAUGGGUGCCUCAAGAGCCAGUGCAUUCCUCCACUUGGUUUCCAGGCGUACCAAAUUCAACUAAACUGCCCCAAAACUUUGGACCUUCUCUGGAGGAUGCACGAGGACACCAAGCUUUACCCAAGACCAAUCAUGACAUGGACACCUUGCAGCAAGAGAAAAUAUCUGCAGGUUCCUCCAUGCCCUACUCCGAACCAAUGCAAGCUCCGGCACAAGGAAUGGAAUGGGACUCUCAUACAGUAGCAGCCAUGCAUCAUUCCCAGUUCCAAGCUCCUCAGCAGAGUCAAAAACCAGGAGACACACAGUACCAGCCUCACACCAUGCGCCACUCUAUGCCUGACCCUACUUUACAACCCUUUCAAGUGGCGUUUGGUCCGAAUAAGCAACUUCAGAACUCAGGUUUUUUCCAAGCUUUCCAAGGAAACAGUGCACCACAGAAUCUGGUUUACAGCGAACCACCAAAAUCACAGCAGCAACAGCAACUCCUGCAGUUGCAACAGCAGCAGCAGCAGAUGCAGCAAAUGUUGCAACAGCAGCAGCAACAGCAACAGCAACAACGACUGCUCCAAUUUCAGCAGCAGUACCACCAUCAGCAGAAGAUGCAGGAACAGAUGCAGCAGAUGCAGCAACAGCAGCAUCAAAUGCGCCAGCUGCAAAACAUGCUGCAAGCAGAGCCAUGUCCUUCUCAACCACUUCAGCAAGACCAGCAGUUGGUCAGACCACCACAGCAACCGGACAACAGUCAGGCCAAAGCAGGUUCUUGUACAGUGCCUCAUCAAAGACAGGAUCCAAGUCCUCAGUCACCAAUGACCAAAGAUCCAGGUUUUGGUCAAGCACUUCAGGAUGCACAAGAAACCGAAGGCAAAUCCGAGGCUCUCCCGCGGCGUUCCAGACGGCUCUCAAAGGACAGCAUUUCUCCUCCAGGCAACCCACCGGCAAAGGAAUUGGCCCGUAACAGCGGCAUUGCUGCUCUUCCUGGACCCUCGGUAGGGGUUAUCCACAGCACUCAGAGACGAAGGAGGACAUCCAAAGAGAUCAACCUCGAGACUCUAGCACAGAAGGCCUCGGAGAUGGAGUUUUUACCUGCAAAGCAUGAGGAGAGCAUGUCUAGCAGACAGACAGGGAUGCCUCCUCUAGUGAUCCCCGUGUCUGUACCUGUUCAGAGGAAUCAGGGCCAUAUGGAGCAGGCGGGUGGCUGGACGUGUGAGCAGAGGCUUCCUCCAGAAAGUCUGCAACAGUCUGAGCACAAACCUUCUGUCAUCGUGACACGCCGACGCUCCUUACGGGCCUCUGACGGUUUCAACCAGGAGGACAUGAUGGAGGACGGAAGAUCCCCAGACAAGAUAAAGCGCCGGCCGCGACCUGAGCCCCUGGUCAUACCUCCGCCCAGAACGUGCACGUUCAUCGCCCCGUCUGCCUACUCCAGCAUCUCAUCCUUCCAGAGCAACCUGCGCUCCCCGGUUCGCCUGCUGGACAACCCUCUGACUCUGCCACCCUACACUCCUCCACCCAUCCUGUCACCAGUGCGGGAGGGCUCAGGACUUUACUUCUCCACCUUCCUGUCAUCGAUAGCAGCAGGGAAUCAGGGAUUGCCUCCACCUCCAACCCCCAAAACUGCCUCCAGGAGCCUCCUGCGCUCAAGCAGUUCUGACAUCACUCCUCCGAUGCUCCCUCUGAUUGGAGAGGCCACACCCGUCAGCUUAGAACCGCGAAUAAACAUUGGCCCUAAGUACCAGGCAGGGAUUCCCGAGCUCCAGGAUCAGUCUCUGGUUGAACAGGAUCAGCACAAAGCUACGCUGGUGUGGCUCCCACUGACACAGGUGGAAUCUUCACCGUCCCAGGAUGAGACAGUGGAUAAUCUGAUGAACCUGGCAUGCUCCAGUGUGCUGUGUGGAGGAGGAACCAAUGUGGAGCUCAUGCACCACUGUCUUUACGAGAACGGAGGUGACCUCAUGAAAACUCUCGAAGCAUUGUUGCUAAAGAAACCUAUUUUCCCCAAAGAUCAUCACCUUGCUAACUACCACUAUGCAGGGUCAGACUGCUGGACUGUGGAUGAAAAGCGAUACUUCAAUAAAGGGAUAUCUGCAUACCGGAAGGACUUCUUUUUAGUGCAGAAAUUGGUGCAGACUAAAACAAUGGCGCAGUGUGUGGAAUUUUAUUACACCUAUAAGAAACAGGUGAAGGUCGGACGCAGCGGGAUGCUGAUCUACGGCCCUCCGGAUCCAGAAGAGCGCGUCCCUGAGAUCCCACAGAUCAAACAAGAGCAGCUGGAAACGGGAGAAGAGAGCAAACACAAGGCAGAGCAGGUAGACGGCGGCGCUGAUCACCUCCGAAACGUGACCAAAGCUCUUCAGGAGGGGAAAGUCUUAGUGCUCAGCAACCCACAAAUUGUCUCUUUGAGUGAGGUAACCGCACUGAGGAAGGAAACACAGACUCCUCCUUUCUUUGCUCCAAAACCACGCGAGAGUGCAGCAAGGAGAAGUGCUCCAGCGAGUGCGCCGAAGAGUCAGGGAGAACCAGAGGGUGUAUUUCCCUGCAAGAAGUGCAGCAGGGUGUUCUAUAAGGUGAAGAGCCGCAGCGCGCACAUGAAGAGCCAUGCCGAGCAGGAGAAGAAAGCGGCGGCUCAGCGGCAGAGAGAGGAAGAGGAGCGUCUGGCGGCAAUGGCCAGGCUCAAGCAAGCAGAGUCCGAGAGGUUUGAGGAUGACAGUGAUGAAGCUGAGGAGUAUGUGAUUGACACCGAUAACGACAGAGACGAUGACUGGCGAUGAGGUUUUUUUUUUUCAUUUGAAUAAUUUUUUUUUUUGAAGGGGCACCACCUAUUUAGCCAAAUCUAUUCCAAAUCCAGCGGACUGUUUAUUACACGAUAACCAAAGGGAUGACAUGAAUGUAAUAGUUAUUUUUAUGUCAACAGUGUCAUGAUGUGUAACAUUCUGUAACAACACAACGCAAAUAAUAGGUUUUCUUUAUUUCUUUAACCAACGUCUGAAUGUCGAUUUAAACACAGACAACAUGACCUCCGCUCAACUGUUUUCUCAAUUUCUCUGAAAAUGUAGCAAAGUUUUUAGAGCAACUUUUGUAAUAACUUGGGGAAAUCUUUUCUAUGAAAUUCACAUUUAUUUUGUUAAAUAAUAAUGGUCUAUUUUUAAUGUAAGUUUAGUGUUGAUAUAAAAAUAAUGGACUAAAAAGACAGGAAAUUGUAUUUUGUACAAUUAUAUUGUAUUAUCAGCUCAAGGACACUAUUAUUUUGAUCCUGUUACACAAAACUAUGGGUAAUUUUCAAUCGGAUGUAAUUUUGUAUACGAAACGUAUAAAUAGUAGAAAAUGUA